AUUCCCUUUCUGGUUAAUUGUAGGAGUCUUUGCUCGCAUGGUAAUGCUCAGUGAGCUCUGUCUCUGGCUGUGGGCACUGUCUGGGAUGUCGAAUGAGUUGCACGGCAGAUGGGUGUGUUUGUCUAAAGAUCCCUGAAUCACUCCCUUUAGCAUUACUACACCCACAGGAACUUACUUCCUCAGGUGAGCCUUCUGCAACAUGGAGUCUCCCCAGCCCCCCAGCCUGUGGUCUUUCCUUAUUUUCCUAGCUGUACCACAGAUACUGGCUGCCCAGGGAACCUGUUCACGUGGCGCUUGCUACCCACCUGUGGGAGACCUGCUUGUAGGAAGAAUCCAUCACUUGAAAGCCUCAUCUACCUGCGGUCUCAUUCAAGCGGAGACCUACUGCACUCCAUAUGGAGAAUGGCAGAUGAAGUGCUGCAGAUGUGACUCCCGGGUGCCUCACACGUACAACAGUCACCGGGUGGACAACGUGCUUUCUUCCAGAGGACACUUGCGCUGGUGGCAGUCUCAGAAUAACGUGAACCAGGUCUCUUUGCAGUUGGAUCUCGAUGGAAAAUUCCAGCUAAGCAGCAUCCUGCUGGACUUCAGGUCCCCGCUGCCCGCCGGGAUGCUGAUCGAGCGCUCCACGGACUUCGGCAAAACCUGGAGGAUCUACCAGUACCUGGCCUCCGACUGCGCGGCCUCCUUUCCCCGCGUCCCACGAGGCUCCCCGGAGCGCUGGCACGACGUGCGCUGUCAGGAGCUGCGGGCCCAGCACAGGCAUCCUCAGCACGGUGGGAAGGUGGAGUUCAGCCCCAUCGCCCUUGGCUCCAGCGUCACCACGUCCCACAGCCAGAGCAUCAACCACCUGGGUGAAUUCACCAGCCUGCGGAUCAACUUCACCGAGUUGCCUCGCCUCCCACACCAUGGGUACCGUGCCUCCAGCUCCUUCUACGCGGUGACCGAAAUGAAAGUUCAAGGCAGCUGCUUCUGCCACGGACACGCUGACCGCUGCGCUCCCUCCAGCGCUCCCUCUGGAGACACCAGCGCCGCGGUUCACGGACACUGCAUGUGUCAACACAACACGGCCGGCCCACACUGCAAUCGCUGUGCAGCUUUCUACAACGACCAGCCCUGGCGACCUGCGGAGGACCGCAGCCCCAACGAAUGCCGGAAGUGCGACUGCAACGGUCACUCGGAGACGUGCCACUUUGAUGCAGCGGUGUACCAGGCCAGCGGCGGGCUGAGCGGGGGGGGGUGUGAUAACUGCCAGCACCACACCGAGGGCAGGAACUGCGAGCGCUGCAAAACCAACUUUUUUCGCAACCGCCGGCAAGACCUGGCCCACCCGGAAGCCUGUCUACCUUGCGAGUGCGACCCGGACGGCACCGUGCCCGGCUCCAUCUGCGAUGCUCUGACCGGGCGCUGUGUCUGCAAGGAGAACGUGCAGGGGGAACGCUGCCACCUCUGCAAGCCCGGCUUUACCCAGCUCGCCAACUCCAACCCCCAGGGAUGCAGGAAAUGCACCUGCAACCUCCUGGGGACACGCCAGGACCAGCCCUGCGAUGACGAGACCGGGAGGUGCUUCUGCCUGCCCAACGUGGUGGGAGCCAACUGCGACCAGUGCUCUGCCAACCACUGGAAGAUCGCCGGCGGUCAGGGCUGCCAGCCAUGCAGCUGCGACCCUCACAACUCCCUCGGCCCCCAGUGCAACCAGUUCACAGGGCAGUGCCGAUGCAAGGAAGGGUUUGCGGGAUUGACGUGCUCAUCUACACAGGAACAGAAGUGCCCGGAUGGCUUCUACGGAGACAGCGAGGCAGGAUGCAGAGCAUGCGACUGCAGUUUCGAGGGCACGGAGGAGAUGGGGUGUGACAAGGCCAGUGGCAGCUGCCUCUGCCGCCCUGGCUUUACUGGGCCCCGCUGUGACCAAUGCCAGCGGGGUUACUGCAGCACCUCUGCCCACUGCGAGGCAUGCCACCCCUGUUUCCAGGCCUAUGACAGUGACAUCCGCCGGCUCAGCCUGCGCUGCGCCAGCCUGAGGAACUCCAGCUCUUGGCCGGCGCAGGGGCCGGCGUCCGGCAGCUUCAGCACCCGCCUCCAGGAAGCUGAAGGCAACGUCCAGCAACUCCGAGGGAUGCUCGGCAAAUCCCUAGUGACAGACCAGAGCCUGGCUCAGAUAUCCAGCACGCUCACUGCAAUCAGGCAGCAGGUCCAAGCCACCAAGCCUGAGCUGGGCUUUAGCGAGGAGACCAGCCGCCUCUCCAGCAGCCUGGAUGCCCUGAACCGAAGCCUGGUUCUCAUCAACGCCCAGUACCAGAGUAAGAAGACGGCGUUCGAAGUCAGCCGCAGCACAGACCUUUCAGGAGCCUUCAGGACCAUCAGCACCGCGUACCAGACGUCCGUGAACGCCAGCAGCCGCAUAAUGGGCACCUCUGGCCUGCUGGCUCAAGCCAGGGAAGGCCAGAGGAUGACAGGGCAGCUUGAAAGAGGCAUUGCAGAGCACACCUCGAAGCUGAGGAGACUCCGGGAUGAUAUGGCCCUCUCCCCCAACCUCACACCUACCCUCAAUAAGAUGUGCAGCACGGUCCGAGUGGAGCCCUGCACACCUGGGGGGGGGUGCGAGGGAGAGCUUUGCCCGCGGGGCAACGGGACUGCGUGCGGAGGAGGUCUCGCCUGCCGAGGGAUCUUCUCCCUGUCCAGAGGCGCCGUGGGAACAGCUGAGAGAGCCGCCGGAGAGCUCCGCAGCUUCAACCUGCAUCUGCAGGAGACCGCUCAGCUGAUCAGGGCAGCAGAGACGGCUGCAAACCAGAUCCAGAGCAACACACGGCGCUUGGGGGACCAGAUGAGCGUGACCAGGACCCAGAUAGAAGGAGACGUCCGACGCAUCCAGCAAUUCAUUAAGCAAGUGCGCAGCUUUCUGUCAGACCCAGACACCAACCCCGCGACCAUCCAAGAGGUCAGCGACUACGUGCUCUCGCUGCGUCUCCCAGCUGACACUGCUGCCAUCCUGAGGAAGAUGGCUGAAAUCCGCAGCCUGGCGGCCAAGCUGCAAUGCCCGGAGAGCAUCCUCGCCCGAACAGCUGAGGACAUUGCUAGGGCUAAGAGGCUUCAGCAGGAGGCUGAACAAGCCAGGAACCGGGCCAAUGCAGUCGAGGGCAAUGUGGAAGAAGUGGUGGAGAACUUGAGACAAGCACACGCAGUGCUUCAGGAGGCCCAGGACAUGAUCAGGGGCUCCAGUUACUCCCUCCAGUUUGUCCAGGAUCGCAUGGAUGAGAUCCAGAGUGUCCUUGGCCCAGCUGAGAAGACCCUGAGGCAGGUUACUGCCCAGCUGGAUGGCUUCACAGAGAGGCUCAGCCAGCUGCGGCAUAAGGUAGAGCAGAACCGGCUGCGGGCUGCAGAUGCAUGGGACAGUGCAGCAGGUGCCAGCGAGCAAGCCUGGAGAGCGCAACAGGGAUUUGAUCAGGUGAAACAAAAGUAUGCCGAGCUGAAGAGGCGGAUGGGGGAAACUUCAGUCCAGGGAGUACAGGGCAGCAGGAUCCAGAAUAUUAGCAUGGAGGCAAAUGCAAUCUUUGAAGAAACUCUGGAAAUGAUGCUCAGGAUGGAAACCAUUGAAACAGAAAUUCAGGAAAGCAACGAAGUACUCACCUCGAAGUCAGCCAGCCUGGCAGGCCUGGAGAAGAAGGUGGAAAAGAUACGAGAUUAUAUCAACAAACAAAUCUCAUACUAUGACAGCUGCUAAUAAAUGAACUUCUGGGGCUCCAUCUCA